UCAAACGACGUCCUUGAGGCUGUAAGGCCUAAAGGGCAACAAAAUAACCUAUUUUAAUUUGAAUUCGAUAAAAUAAUAUCGAUUAUUUAUUACAGUAAUCAUUAAUAAUUAUUAAGUUACAUCCUUGAUUACAAAAAAUUAGUCAGGAUGUUAACCUAAAAGGAAAAUAAACAUAAAUUCCUUACCAUGACCUAUCUUAAGCUAAUACGCUGUACUUUAUAUUUUAAAACCGGUGUACAAGAUUUUUCGUCGAAAUCAGUGCUAUUAAAAAUUGGAAAUGGACAACAAACCAAUAUAGCUAGAAUAUCAACAACACCCUCUUUUAAUAGCAAUUUACCAUUGACAAGUCAAACACAGCCUGCAGUUACCAAAAAGAAAAGCAAAAAUGUUCCUCAAGAUACCAGAGUGUGGAAGGAGACUCCAACCCAUGAUGUUAAGAAUAAUUUAGUCCAAUAUUGUAUGAUGUUGUCGAAGUUUCGUUUAACUUCAUUAGUAGUAAUGACAUCAAUGGCAGGAUAUGCCCUAGCACCCGCUCCAUUUGACCUAACAACAUUUGCCCUCUGUGCGGUGGGCACAGGGUUGGUCAGCUCCGCGGCUAAUUCUGUAAAUCAGUACCAUGAAGUACCAUUUGAUGCUCAGAUGUCAAGAACUAAGAAUAGAGUGCUUGUUAAGGGACUCUUGGAGCCAGUGCAUGCAAUCGGUUUCGCAGCGGUGACUAGUGCGACGGGGCUUGGUAUCCUCUAUCUGGGAGUGAACCCUCUCACUGCAGCGUUGGGCGCAGUUAACUUGGUGCUAUAUACCUCUAUAUAUACGCCUAUGAAAAGAAUGUCCAUACUUAAUACGUGGUUGGGAUCUGUAGUGGGCGCGAUCCCCCCACUCAUGGGGUGGGCGGGGUGCGCGGGCUCGCUCGACAUGGGCGCGUUGGUGCUCGGCGUGAUACUGUACUCGUGGCAAUUUCCGCACUUCAACGCUUUGUCGUGGAACUUGAGGCCGGAUUACUCUAGGGCGGGCUAUAGAAUGAUGGCGGUUACUGAUCCCGCAUUAUGUAGACGAGUGGCUCUGAGGCAUACAGCUGUUAUAACAGCGACGUGUCUUGCGGCUCCCUACCUUGGCGUUACUAAUAUGUGGUUUGCGGCCGAAUCUUUACCAUUAAAUAUAUAUUUUUCGUACUUAGCCUGGCAAUUCUAUAAAAAAUCAGAUAGCGGUAGUUCAAGAAAAUUGUUCAGAUUUUCAUUAAUACAUUUACCAGCACUGAUGUUACUUAUGCUUGUCAAUAAGAAAUAUUGGAGUUCGGCUGAUACGCAAGAAAAUGAGAUACAAAAAUCAGAAGUGAAAUUACCAGAGACAAAACGUAUCACAGUGUUGCCACGUGGACCGGUUGUCGCCGCGCAAGAGGCUGAAUAUAAUGAAUUGAAACGAUAAUGUUUUCUACUAUAAUAUAGUUAAAUGUUCCAGUGCUAUUCACUUAUCACUAUUUAGGUUGUGACUUCCUAGAUAUGGAUGUUUGAAACUUAGGCUUAAGCUUUGAUUAAAAAGAGAAUCAAAAUUCAAUUUUUUUAAUGAUUACAAUUUGUUUCAUGUCCAAUGUUUGUGCAUUAUAUAAUAUUAGUAUUGUAGCUUUAGUUUGAGCUAUAGCAUGUAUCCUACUAGUUUUUAUUAUUCCUUAAUACUUUGAAGUCGAAAGAGGUCAUAACCUAUUAAACAUUUCCACACUAUUACAAUAGUUAUUGUAUGAUUUUUUUUAUAUUAUGAAAAGCACUGGAUAUUAGAAUAUAAUAGUAGAUUUUUCUGUAAAUAAUGUACAAUUUCAUUUUGUGAUUUUAUUUAUAGAGCUUGUGUAAGAUAAAUCGAUCCACGAGAUUGUUACAGAAAUAAGUUAUAUUUUUUGAUGUUGUUGAUACAUUGUAGUCACAUUAAUUUAUGAAUCA